GAGUUUACAGAUUUUGGAACGGAGUUAACCGAAAGAAAAGGGGCGUCAAGAAAGACGCUGUCCUCGAAGAUAAACAGAAAACUCCCCACAACUCUCUGGCGGCACUGUAACUUAGCUCGUUCUAGCUCACAUCUCUCUUCUCUUGCACAGAUCUAUCUAGUCUGUUUUUAUUUAAUUAUCCUACUUUUUCCUACGCUGAAAGCAAUAUCUGACGGACCUCGACUGAACCAAGCGCAUUUCUCAGCAGUCACCAUGUUGGUUCUCCUGGGCGGAAUCUUUGUUCUCCACAUCACCACCAUAAUCAUUCUCCUUGUUGCCACUAUUGACAAUGCAUGGUGGUUCACAAACGAUAUGUCCACUGACAUCUGGGGUCGAUGGGUGAAGCUCAACAAUGUGUGGAACUACACUGAUAUGCCCAGUAGUUACCCUCAAGAUUAUCUGCAGGCAGUGCAGGCCACUUCAGUGCUGUCCUGUAUAUUUUCCAUCCUGGGGCUGUUUGUGUUUGUGGCUCAGCUGUUCACCUUGGCGAAAGGGCAGCGGUUCACCUUCUCCGGCAUCUUCCAGUUCAUUGCCUGCCUCUGUAUAAUGAUUGCUGCCUCGAUCUACACCGACAUAUUCCACGAGACUGAGAAGGAGCAGGGCAAAGGGUGGUACGGCCACUCCUACAUCCUGGCCUGGAUCGCCUUCGUCUUCAGCUUCAUCUCCAGCAUCAUCUAUUUUGUCCUACGCAAGAAGACGGCAUAAGGCACGGGAAAGCACGCAAGGAAGAGACACACUAUGGAGAAAAAGGAAAAAAAAAAAAUGUAGAAAUGGCAAUUUGGGAGGGGGAAAGAUGGGAAGAGAGAAGGAGAUAAAAAUGUGGGGGUGGGGGGUAGGGGUGGGGGAGGGGGAGUGAGGUUGUACCUUUCUAUUUUCUUUACACUUUUAGUGGCUUAUUAUUUUAAUUAAAACAAUAACAGGGAGGAAAACCCAAUGAUAAAUAAACAAUUAUGGCACUCUUAACCAAAAAUAUAUGCAUACAGAUGAACUGUUUCUUAUGGAACUGAGCUUAAAACCCAUACAUGCGCUAUAUCUCAAUACUGGAAUGGAAUAUUAAUACUAACCAAAAUUCUAACUGGGCAGCUUUCUGUACUGGGAAACGCUAUUCCACUGUGUGCUUGUGUUUUUCUGUGUUUUAUCCGACCAUAAGGCAUCUUAUUCCAUACCUCCUCGAGCUCAGUCAAAUACAGCUGGUUUUCAUCUCUUGGAACAGGACAGAUGUUAUUUAAUCUCAAGUUUCCUCAUCAAGGUGAAAAACCUAGCCGCCAUUGCAGUUAGAUACAUUUAUUUUUGGCUGCAGAAGGUCAAAAUAGCAACGGCUUUGGGUAUACAAACAAAACAUCACUUAGUCAGUGACUCCUGCUGUGGAACUGCGGCUUCUGUCAUUUGGAUAGGACAUAUUUGUUGACUGUAUGCGCGCAUUGCUGUAUGUGUCAAAUGUUUGACAUAAUGAAUUGUUUGUUCAGUUAAGCUUCAUAUGUGUAAUACUAUUGUAAUAUGAUUUUUAAUUAACAUUGUUUCUCAUGAUUAUAAAUAUUAUUCUUAGUAUAAGUUCAUUAUUUUUGUGGCUCUUGGAUUGGAUUUAAUUUUGUUAAAUUAAAUUGAGUUUUAUUAAGUUACAGUAAAUUUGUGAAAUUAACAGGAGGGAAUAGACAGAAGGGUUUACACAAACAGUGUAACUUUUAUGAAUAUCACCUUACCUUGCACUGCAAAUAAAUAAAUAAAAAAAGUUUGUACGAUAACAUAAGAUGUUAAGUAACUAAUAACUUUUUUAUGAAUUUGUCACACCAGGUCAUCUUAAAAUAAGAAAUCAGCUUUAAAUCUUGUAUGUAAAUCGGGAAACAAGUUUUAUUCCAGGUGUGCUCAGGUGGGGCAUGCUGCAUUGCAUUGCCGUCAGGACCCCUUCUCCGUGUCUAUCCCCAUGACAUCGGCAUCACUUCUCAAGACACAGAUAUUAUUAUAGUCUAACCAGACAGCCAGCCUCCUUAACGGAGAACAUUCUGUCUCCCGUCUGUCGAUAAAAAAAUUCCGAUCUGAUGGCACUUCUGAAAGAUUAUUAAGGGGUGUGACCAAGAACACAGCGCGGUUUCAGUGGACGUUUAACCAGGGUUAAAACUAAAAGCAAGAUGCUAGGAAUGCUGUAGCUGAACUUCUGGUUAGUCUAUAAUGUUUUAACUCAAUAUGGAGGUACUAACUCAGAUUGAUGAUAACAGACCAAUUUUAGGGCUUUCCGGUCUUAUGGUGCAGUGUGGUGUGCAUAUCGCACUAGACUAAGCUCCCUUCAUAGACCAGCCCUCGGGGAGCUGGGUUUUUGUGUUUUGUUGAAUGUGGCCAAGUUGGGAAUGAUUCCCAGAACAGAAUUCCUUGUGACUUUGAGCUGUAAAAGACAAACAAUGGAAAUAGCAUUCCUAUGAUUUUUUUUAAAAUAAAGAUUUAAAAAUGUGA